GUCUCAGUUUGCGGGUGGAGCUGCCGUCACCGGCUUGGUUUCCCGGUCGAGGUCGGCGUUUUGUGGUGGUCUGGCUCUGGGCGAGGAGGCAGCGGUCGGCCGCGGCGGAGGGGUAGCCGUCGCCCCGGACUCCCCGCAGGAGGGGUCCAGGGGUCCUCACGGUCGCUGGGCCUCCACUUUUCUCCCUCGCUGACGCCGUGUCUCCUGAGAGGAUGAGCUUGUUCCGGGACUCUGCUUUCGAGAAGCAGCAUCUCUGGAUGUACCUUCAGGCUCUCGGUUUGAAUAGGAGUUCCGGCACCACGGUCGGCGGAAAGAUGGUGCCGCACGCGCAUCUUGGAGAGAACAUGUUUGACAAACUGAACCGUGAUGCCUUUUAUAUAGUUUCCUAUUUUUUGUUUCAAACGCUGAAUGAGUCUCGUGCCAAAGAAGUUUUCAGAGAUUGCUGGCCUCCAUUUGACCAAAAACAUGAUAUGGAAUUCCGGAAACAUUGCUGUGAAUGGUUAAAAGAAAUUUCUGCUGAAUGUGGAAGUAGUUUUCCUCAAGUUGUCGGCUCACUGUUUCUUUCUCCUGGUGGUCCUAAGUUUAUACAUGUGAUGUAUCAUUUGGCAAGAUAUGUUGCAAUCAAAUAUCUUAAGACAGAAUCUAACAAUUCUCAACAUUUUGCAGAGACAUUUAAUGCAAAGCCACAAGAUAUGCACAAGUGCCUUGCCAGAAACCAUAUAGCAUGUAACAGAUUUUUAAAGGUUUUGCAAAGAGAACAUUCUGUUGCCCAAAUAUACCAGGAAAAUGGACAUCUGCUCCUUAAGCAAGUACAAAAUUUGAGAUUAGAAUGCAUGGGCCUGGAAAACCAAAUUAAAAGAAUGGAGCCCUGUGAUGACCAGAGUAAUAUACAACAGAAAAUUGAAAAGGUUCGGGCUUUGUGGACUUCAGUGAAGGGGAUGUUCAUGCAUUUGGAAAAGGAGAGAGACGUUGACAUUAGCCCAGUCUUCAGUUUUGUUAACCAGUGUGUUCUGGAUGGAAGUAAUGUUGCUGUUAAUAUUCCAAGGCUCUUACUUGACAGACUUGAGACCCAGAUGUGUCAGUUGCAGAUAGGAAAUGUUUAUGAGGCUGGAAAAUUGAAUUUCUUAACAAUUAUUCAGUUGUUAAAUGAAGUCCUGAAGGUAAUGAACUAUGAUCAUUGUAAGGCUGACCGAGAAAGACUGACAAUAGACCUUCACUACUUUGAAAAAGAAACCAAAUUUCAGAGGGAAAGAUUAUCGGAUAUGAAGCAUAUGAGGCAUAAAAUAAAAGAGAACAUCACUGCAAUAAAACAUUCUAUUGCUGAAAAGGAAGGACAAUGGCAUACGAAGUGGAAAGGAAUGCUUGGUCUGUCUCCUUUUCGUCUGUUUAAAGGCGGGGCUUCAGCUGUGGAUCUUUUGCCUCCCAUGUCUCCCCUUUCAUUUGAUCCUGUGUCAGAGGAAGUAUAUGCAAAGAGUAUACUUCUUAAGUAUCCUGCUUCACUUCCAGAUACACAUAAAGAGCAUAACCAAGAAAAUGGUAACAGAAAAGAAGCUGAGACCCUAGGAAGUGUGUGUGAUCUAGCCAACAGCCCUGCUGCUUUCCCCUUACAAUGUGCUUCAUCAUCAAAUACAAACAGUAUCAUACUACUUGAGAAGGAUCCAACUCCCAAAGAGAAAAUACCACACUUGGAAGUGGAAGACCCUCCUUUAUCAGAUACUGAAAAGAAUGCACAGAAUAGUGUGUUGAGAGCAUCUCUGCCAGUGAAAAAGAGUGAUCCGUUCCAGAAAGAACAAGAUCAUCUGGUAGAAGAGGUUGCCAGAGUGGUUCUAUCCGAUUCACCACAGAUCUCUGAAGGAAAAGAAAUAAAAUUGGAGGAACUACUGGACACUCUGAUUUCUAACCCUUUCUUAACCAGGAAACAAAUUCCCCGAACUCCAGAAAACUUGAUAACUGAAAUCAGGAGCUCUUGGAGAAAAGCUGUUGAAAGUGAAGAUAACAGAAGUUCAGAUGGGAUUCUAGUGGAUGCCCAAGCUACAGAAGUGUCAUCAGAGUCUUCAUCUAUAUUGAAGAGUCAGAGGACAUUUAACCUGGCUAUUUUUUCCCCAGAAUCUGAUUGCUCUUAUUUGCCCGAGGAGAAAGCUGUUUCUGAUCAGCUCAAAGUUGUGCCUCAGAGAUAUUUGGGGACAAGUCAGAUCAGUGAAUCCCCAACACAGCUUGAUGAGUCAGACUUGAUGAAUAAGAAAAUGAUUUGUAAGGAAGAUUUAGAAUGUACAACCCCCAGGCUUUCAGAAACCAGACAAAAGGAACCAUUCUCCCUUGAUGUGGGCAGAGGACUAGAUGAGAUGUGUACAAGUGAAAAAGACUGUGUUCGAAUAUUGGAACACUCACAAGCUUCUUGCAGUGAACCUUCCACACAUAAAACUCUGCUGUGGGACUCCUUUCAGAGGCUGAGUGGCAUUGGCAUAUUACAUGAAACUCUUCCAGAAGAAGUUGGUCACCUAAGUCUUAAUAGCUCUACUAGUUCAGAGACCACUCCUCAACUGGAACGAAAUAGUUAUGUGCACAGUGAUGCCUUUCCAGAUGAUGUGGGAAAAAGACAAGCAACCCCAGAAUUAGAUUCCAAUUUACAGGCUAUUCUCAGGAGUUAUGAGGUUCUAAAGAAAUCUCUUAACAAAAUAAGAAAAGAAUUUAACCAGUCUAAUCCCAAGACACUUGGACAAUACAAAGUAGAAUUGAGCCCUGUAGCCAAAGACAUGCCAGCAGAUGAUACACAAUCUAUUUUGGACACCGAGAAUUUGUUUAUUGACUACACAGAGCCAUCUUCCCACAUGUCCCUUGAUGAAAAAACACAGUCUGUAUCACCACUAACUAAAGUUUCUUUGAUGGAGCAAAAAUUGAGGACCAUGUUACCAUGUAGUCCUGGGGAAUUUCUGCCUAAUUUAAAAGAAGAAGAAAUCUCAAGUAAGAGCCUUGAAACAAGAGAUUCUCUGAUUUGAGAAGAUGAAGCAUUUUCCAGUUAAUUUAGCUGUGAUGCACUUAUACUGAAGCCUUGUUGCGCCACUGCAGCUGAUUUGUACACACACAUUGGAAGUCUUAAAUUGUUUCCAAGGUCAAAGAAGUUCUGAAUGUACUUUGGCCUCAAUGUUUAGGUGUUUAGGUCUGUUUUGGUAAAUAUGAGGUUGAAAUGUGAACUUUUAUGAACAGCAAAUGUCAAAUUUUGGGAAUUCUUAGAAUAAUCUUGUAACAUAAGUAAAUGGCAAAUAUUAUAGUUUUGUUAACAUAAGGCUGAGCUUGUAAUCUAAUAGCCUCAUCUUUCACUUUAGAGAAAUCAUCUUAUUGGAUCUUUAUGUAAUAUUCUGGUACUAACACAAAUGAGCAGAGUAUAGUGCCUUUGGAUAUAUAUUCAAAGCAACACAUUUUAAAGUUUCUAAAACUGUAAGCAGGUUUAAUGAUUCCAAGUAUAUUGAUCCUGCAGAAUGAUUCUGAUGGAAUAAAAUUCAUGUGAUACGUGCAGGCAAGGUGCAGUGAAUUGAAAAAAAGGGGGGUGGGGGAAGGUAGAUGACCACACUGUAUUACUUAGUCUAGAGUGAGGAUUUAAUUUGUUUAUAUUUAACAAGCAUGUAAAUGAAAAAUUCACAAAUCUG